AUGGUAAGCUUCGAUCGAACAUUAUAUUCCAUCGACACUUUUCAAAUGUUACGAGCAACUAUUGAUCAUACAUCUAGGUUCAUUUCCCAAAGACCUUGAGGACUUACUGUAAGAAAGCCAGAAAGCACUCUGUCUUCAAAGUAUCUAUCUACAAGAAAGGAAAAGAUGGUAUUAGGCAUCAAGGAAAAAGAAGAUAUGACAGAAAGCAGAAAGGAUUUGGUGGUCAGACCAAGCCAAUCUUCAGGAAGAAGGCCAAACAGACCAAGAAAGUUACUCUCAAAUUGGAAUGCAUCAAGACUAAGGCUAAGAGAAUGAUGACCUUGAAGAGAUGCAAAACCUUCGUCGUCGGACAAUCCAAAGAGGCCAACCCAUACGACUAAUUUGGAUGGUAUAAUUAUAUGUCUGUAAAAUGCUGA